CAAUAGUAACACAAAGAGAUGGAGCAUAGCGGCCGGCUUGAAGCGUGUCGGGUCUGGGCUUUCUUGUGCCUAGCGCUACUGCCGGGACUUGUCCAUUGCUCAGAGAAAAAUCACAAGUAUGAGGACCGAGAGAAGGUCAACCUAUGGGUGAAUAAAGUGGGACCUUACAACAACCCACAAGAGACCUACAAUUAUUAUUACCUGCCGUUCUGCAAAAGGCAUCCCGCGCUCAAGGCGCAGCACAGCUGGGGAGGCCUUGGCGAGGUGCUGCAGGGCAAUGAGCUGAUCAACAGUCAGCUGGAUAUAGUUUAUAAAGGCAACACCACCGGAGCUGACAUCUGUUCCUUGACUCUGGACGAACGGAAAGCAAAAGUAUUCGAAGAUGCUAUUCGUCGCCAGUAUUGGUUUGAGCUCUUCGUUGACGACCUUCCUGUCUGGGGUUUCGUUGGCGAGCUCAAAAAGGAUGAUGCCGGCGUCGAACGCGCCUACAUAUACACAAGCAAGAGGUUUGAUAUUAGUUACAACAAAGACAGGAUUAUCCAAGUCAACCUCACUACCGCGGAUCCGGUCUUGGUGGCCGUGGGCGCCAAGCUUAACUUUCGGUACACAGUCAACUGGAUCCCCUCAAAAACUCCAUUCUCUCGCAGAUUUGAGAGGUAUCUGGAUUAUACUUUCUUUGAGCAUAAGAUCCACUGGUUCUCGCUCGUGAACUCGUUUAUGAUGGUGCUUUUCCUCACGGGCCUCGUCGCCAUUAUUCUCAUGCGGACGCUUCGCAAAGACUAUGCGCGGUAUGCUCGCUCUGCUGCGGAUGCGCUGGAUGCCGAGUCGCUCGAGAGCGAUUUCUCGGAAGAGUCAGGCUGGAAGCUGGUGCAUGGGGACGUGUUUCGGCCACCUCGGCACCUGACGUUGCUGGCAGCCAGCGUGGGCACGGGAGUGCAGCUGGUGUUUUUAUGUACGGCGGUCAUCGUCCUCACCAUCGCGGGCUCGUAUUUCGAGGAGCGCGGCACCAUUCUUACCUGCUUCAUCAUCGCGUAUGCGUUUACAUCCUUCAUUGGCGGAUACGUGUCUGGAGGGCUGUACGCGCGCCACGAGGGCCGGCAAUGGAUUCGCACCAUGCUGAUGACAGCGUCACUCUUCCCAGGGCUAUGCUUUGCCAUUGCCUUUGGGCUCAACACCAUUGCCAUCUUUUACCACUCCCUUGCGGCCGUGCCCUUCGGCUACAUCAUGGCGGUGCUGCUGCUUUGGGGCUUUAUCUCGUUUCCGCUGUGCCUCAUUGGCACUGUCAUUGGCCGUAACUGGAACUCCAUCCCCAACUAUCCCUGCCGCGUGAAGCGCAUACCGUCGCCUAUACCCGACAAGCACUGGUACCUGCGUCCUUGGGCCAUUUGCAUGGCGGGCGGUUUGCUGCCCUUCGGUUCUAUCUUUAUUGAGAUGUACUUCGUCUUUACCAGCUUCUGGAAUUACAAGGUCUACUACAUUUACGGCUUCCUGUUGCUGGUGGUCCUUAUCUUGCUGGUGGUAACGGUUUGCGUUACCAUCGUGGGCACCUACUUCCUCCUCAACGCUGAGAACUACCACUGGCAGUGGACCGCCUUUGGCAUGUCGGCAUCUACCUCCUUCUAUGUAUUCCUCUACUCGGUGCACUACUUCCUGUUCAAGACCAAAAUGACUGGCCUGUUUCAGACGUGCUUUUACUUUGGCUACACGUCCAUGUUCUGCCUGGGGUUAGCGCUACUAUGCGGCGCGGUGGGCUACAUGGCCGCAGCGGCCUUUGUCCGGACGAUAUACCGCAACGUCAAAUGCGAUUGAGGGUUUCGAGGGUUUUGCUGGAGGGGGGGAGCUGUUCGCAUCGCAUCUGGGGGCCCUAGGGAAUUGGUGAGGAAGGUAGCGGAGAGCGUGAGGGUGUGAAGGGUUAGAGGCUGGGAAAGGAAGGAGGUCCCAGCAUUAGGGAUUGAGGCUGGCAAUGAUUGGACGAAUAGCAGUAUCGCGGAAUGUGGAUGUGUAUAGGCCACGCAGCCGGUGAUGCGUUUGGGAUACCAAUCAGGAUGUAUCGCGCAGAGGGCAGGGCUGCUUGUUCAGGUUCAGGUCUGCAGAGCUGAGGGCAGUAGUUGUGGGUAGUCUCUGCUUACACAGGCGAGGGGUACCCUUGUUUGCUCGGUUAUUACCCGCUUGGAGGGGCCUUAAAUGCUCCAGGCGAUUGUGAUAUAAAUAACGCUGUUGCUUGCAGGGGUACAGGGGCUGCGAUUGAGGUGGCGAUAUUCAAAUCCGGCUGUCAAUAGACACUUUUAUAGCUGUUGUUCGCUUUCAGGGGCCUUAUGGCCGUAUGGUCGGCUUUCAGGAGGACUUCCAGGCGGAGUAAGAUGCGAGCUAGCUGACACAGAUAACGACGCGUCGAAUGG